AUGGGCGACAUGGACAUGGACAUGGACAUGCGUAUACAUCCCACGAAGUAUACCAGUGGCCUCGAGUCAGGUCCCUUCACUAGUGAGGACGUCUUAUCAACGAACACUGAUCCAGUCCAUGGCUACGACGCCUCCACUGCUGCGCUUGGGGCCCACUCCACUUUGUUCCACGCGCUGGCUGCGGUGGAGGAAGAUGACGACGGGGAGAACAGCAACGACGUGCUGCUGCGCCUCCUGAACGAAGUCAGGGCCGUUGAGAGUGACGACGACGAUGACGAAGUGGAGGUAAUUGAUAAGGGCUCUGACGAGAACGCCGCUGACUUGCUCGCUCUCCGUCACAGAGAAGAGCCGGCGAAGCCGUACAUGCCGCCCUACACGGCUGUCCCCCGCGGCGGGGCGGCCAUGGUCGCCGGCGGCUUCACGGUCGAAGGCAACGCCUCGUACUCGUCUGCCGCCAGCCUGCCCCCUCCUCCGCCCCCGCCGCCGCCGCCGGCGUACAGCACGCCAAGUAUGGCUCCGCGGAGCCCUUAUGCGAACUGUUACUCCGGCAUUCCGCAUCUCUCCACUACACCCGGCUCGAAGCCGCCGCCGCCGUCGUUCGCGGAGGCUAUGGCGACGGCGCACGGCACCCCUGCCUCACUGCUCGGGCGUUCGGUGCCUUCACAAGAGUGCUCUCCGAUGUUGGCCAACUACGUUCCACCCAUGCCGGCAGCGCCGCAGGAGACGGUGCUGCUGCGCAACAGCAAUGGCGUCUUUUUGCUGCAACCGAUCUCCAAGCCGACGCCGCCGUACACCCCACCGGCUGGCAGCACCUCUCCCCCGGUCUCCCCGCUGCCGCGAUACUCGCUGCCGCCGGCCGCCGCAUCCACGCUGAACACCGCCGCCGCCAACGGCUUCCUUGGCAGCUCCAUGGUGCAGGCGAGCACGCGGGCUUCCAGCAUCGCGGAGCCUCUGCACUACACGCCAUUCGGGCCCGCAGGAGUCAGUCCAUACCUCAGCACCACGGCCCCCUACUCGCACGACGUUGGAUCGGUGCGUGGCACCCCGUCUUUGGGGGCUGCACCGCCGCCGUACGCAUGCGGGGCACCUCGAGCACCGGCGGCGCGCUGA